AUGACGGACUCGGAAAGCUCCAGCUCGUCCCUGUUCGAACUCCUGGAGGAGGCGUCUCAGGAGGCGGAAACUUCCGAGCCUACUCACGAGCAGCGGAAGGCGGCUACGGUCAACGCCUCUCGGCUCGCUGCUUCCUUCGCGCCCCUCAUCAAGGACUUGCUGCAAGUCCAAGCCUCGUUUUUGGUUGGGGACACCAACCUUGCUGAGGCAGACGCAGAGAAGCUGCAGGAAUACCUUGCUGAGGGUCGGGAGGUCCUUGCGCAAGCAGAGGAGGAAAUCGCAAACUUCUCUCCGAAGCUCUGGUGGGGCAAGGGGCUGGAAGGCCGAAGAGGGGUGAUAGCCGGCGAGGACAUGCACGGGAAGGUGAGGCUUUCGGAACAAAUCCGAGCCUGGUUGACCUUAGUGCACAGGGAGCGUGCACGCCAAAUGCGCUGCGAGGACCUCCAAGCCAGAGCCCGGGCCAAGAGAGCAAGGGUGGAUCGUUGA